CCACCCCCAGCAUACGGCGACGAAUACGGUCAUGUCACCAGCCAGGAUCCCGGACUGGGCAGCAAGGCCACCUUACGUUCCGACGGACGAGUCAACAUCAACAUCAACCAGACUUCUCGCCAACUCUCGAGCUUGCUCGUACCUGCCUUGAGGAGUCAACUCGAUCUCGUCGACACCACUCAAGUCCCCCCACCAUACAUUCCUACAUCGCUCGGUGGAGCUCCUGGUCAACCUCCGCCACCACCUCUCAACGUAGUCAUCCAUGUCGUUGGUUCAAGAGGAGAUGUGCAGCCCUUUGUUGCUCUGGGAAAAGUGCUAAAGGAUCAAUACGGCCAUCGUGUCCGUCUGGCAACACAUCCUGUCUUCAGAGACUUUGUCACAGAGAACGGUCUUGAGUUCUUCAACAUCGGAGGAGAUCCCUCUGAACUCAUGGCUUUCAUGGUCAAAAACCCUGGAUUGAUGCCCGGAUUUGACGUCAUGAGGAGAGGUGACAUCGGAAAAAGACGGAAGGAGAUUGGCACAAUGAUCACGGGAUGUUGGAGGAGUUGUAUUGAGUCUGGUGAUGGUACAGGUAUCGCCGUCAACGACAAUACAACCGAAGAAUGGAUGCGUAACACCGAUGCCUCGGUCAAGCCCUUCAUCGCCGACGCCAUCAUUGCAAACCCGCCUUCGUUUGCUCACAUUCAUUGUGCCGAGAAGCUAGGAUGUCCUCUACAUAUGAUGUUCACCAUGCCAUACUCUCCCACACAGGCCUUCCCUCAUCCCCUGGCCAACAUUCAGUCGACAAAUGCCGAUGCAAACCUCACCAACUUCAUCAGUUACACCCUUGUAGAGAUGUUGACAUGGCAAGGUCUAGGCGAUGUUAUCAACAGGUUCAGAGUAAAGGAUCUGUCUCUGGAUCCCAUCAGUUUGAUCUGGGCUCCGGGUAUGCUGACAAGAUUGCGCGUCCCAUACACCUACUGCUGGUCUCCUGCUCUGAUCCCUAAACCGAAAGACUGGGGUAACCAGAUAUCCAUCGCUGGCUUUUACUUCCUCUCUCUAGCUUCAAACUUCACACCUCCCCCUGAUCUCAAAGCCUUCUUGGAUGCUGGACCGCCGCCUGUGUACAUUGGCUUCGGCUCCAUCGUUCUUGACGAUCCUGACGGCAUGACCAAGCUCAUUUUCGAUGCUGUCCGCAAAACCGGUCAACGUGCCCUGGUCUCUAAGGGAUGGGGUGGUUUUGGUGCUGACGAAAUGGGUAUCCCAGAGGGUGUGUUCAUGCUUGGUAAUGUGCCUCAUGACUGGUUGUUCAAAAACGUGUCUGCAGUCGUCCACCAUGGAGGUGCGGGAACAACUGCUGCGGGUAUAGCAUGUGGUGUGCCAACCGUCGUCGUUCCGUUCUUCGGAGACCAGCCUUUCUGGGGUGCCAUGGUUGCCAAAGCUGGAGCCGGUCCAGAUCCAAUCAAUCACAAGGAUCUCACUACCGACAAUCUAGCCGAAGCCAUCAACAAGGCACUCGAGCCGGCUACUAGAGAAAGAGCUCAAGAUCUCGCCAACAGUAUCAGCCAUGAGAACGGUACUGCGUCUGGUGCACAGAGCUUUCACCAAUUCCUCGAGGUCGACAAGAUGAGGUGUAGCAUAGCACCCAGCAAGGCAGCCGUCUGGCGUCUCAAGAGGACGGAGGUCCGUCUGAGUGCUCUCGCAGCGUGCACCUUGGCAACCGAAGGAUUACUCGACUUCAAGGAUUUGAAACUCUACCGCCCGAGAGAGUACGAAGCCGAUGAGGGACCCCCAGAGCCCAUCUCUGGUGGCGCAGGCGCUCUCACUGGCACAAUUAGUACCAUGAUGAUGGGCGUUGCCGAUUUCCCUGUCGCUGCAUUAAAGGCGUUGAGAAUCCACCCUGACGCUGUACCCAAGAAGACCGCAACCGACCCCCAGUCUAUUUCUCAGGAGACUCCCUCCGAACAACAGUCUAGUGAGUCCGGAUCUUCCAAUAGAGAUUUGGCUGUCUCUACUUCAAACAGACCUACUUCGCCUGGUCGUGGUGCUAGCGCAGGCGGGUCCUUCAAUCUCGACGAGUCAUUUGCGAAGAUGGGUUCCCCUCAUCUCACUGCUGAGGGCAGUACCGAUGGAGAGAAGCGCAGUCGGUCCUCCUCGUUAGCUGCCGCACUCCAAGGUCAAGUCAUUGAUGCCGCCUUUGGAACCAGCAAAGGCGUUUCUAGAAUUGUUGGAGCUGGCUUCAAAUCGCCAAUGGACUUUACUCACGCUCUUGCAAAAGGUUUCCAUAACGCACCGAAGCUCUACGGAGAUGAGUCAGUCAGAAAGCCCGACAAGAUUACCGAUUUCAGAUCUGGACUUCGAGCAGCCACUAAAGAGUUUGGCUUUGGUAUGUUCGAUGGUAUUACUGGACUCGUCACGCAGCCCAUGGAAGGUGCAAAGAAAGAAGGUGCUGCCGGAUUCAUCAAGGGUUUCGGCAAGGGUAUUGGUGGCAUAGUCCUCAAACCUGGCGCAGCCAUCUUUGGCAUUCCAGCUUACACCAUGAAGGGUGUCUACAAGGAGCUUCAGAACAUCUCAGGAUCUUCUGUCCAGAAUUACAUCAUUGCAGCUCGCACAGCACAAGGUUACGAUGAAUGGCACAGAUCGAGUGCUCAGGAGCGCCAGGAGAUCAUCAGACGCUGGAAGGUAGUUGAGUCCGAGGUCAAGAAGAAGAGAUUUAUCCAUGAACAGUUCCAAGAUAUGCUCAAAAAGCAAUGGGAAGGUUCGCGUUCUUUCUUGGGCAUCCGUCCUCGAUCGCGUGCUAACUCGCGUGCAGCAAGGAGAAACGAAGCCACGACUCCGACUGUCGAAGUUACACAGCAUGGCGAGCCUCCCAAAUAUGAGGAUUUGCAAUAUACACGUGGUGCCAGCGGAAGUGAAUUGGAGAGGGCUAUCCAGUCAUCCGUUGCUGAUACCAGCCGUGGAGAUCCAGAGCAAGAUGCCAUGAUCGAGCGCGCAAUCCGUGCCAGCAUCGCCGAACUA